GACACUCUUGAUCAAAUUACUUGUAGGGAGCUGGGUCUGGUGCUAUGCAACCACCGAUGAGAAUGCCUGGCAUGCCGCCAAACACACUUGGCCAAGGGAUGCCUCCUACCAUGCCCACAAUGCCAUAUUCUCCCCAUGCUGGAACCCAGGUCUCAACCCCAUCCAAGAUUGAUCCUAAUCAAAUUCCACGGCCAAUGGCAGAAACAUCAGUCAUAAUUUUUGAGACCCGUCAAGGUGGUCAAGCAGCUAUUCCCCCGGCUGCAUCGAGUGAAUUUAUCGUGAAGGACACUGGGAACUGUAGUCCCCGUUUGAUGCGGUGUACUGUCAAUCAGAUACCUUGUACAGGGGACCUCUUGACAACAUCAGGCAUGCCUUUAUCUCUAAUGGUUCAGCCGUUUUCUCUUCCUCACCCAUCUGAGGAACCUAUUCAGCUUGUAGACUUCGGUGACAUGGGACCUAUUCGGUGUUCCCGUUGCAAAGCAUACAUAAAUCCUUUCAUGAGAUUUGUUGAUCAAGGAAGGCGCUUUAUCUGUAAUUUAUGUGGAUUUAGCAAUGAUACUCCUAGGGAGUACAUAUGCAACUUAGGGCCUGAUGGUAGGCGCCGUGAUGCUGAUGACAGACCUGAGCUAUGCAGGGGAACCGUUGAAUUUGUCGCUUCCAAGGAAUUUCUGCCGAGAAGCCAUUCAGUUCACCUGAACAAAACAAGUAUAUUAAUGGAUCUUCAACCUGUAGGGCCACAAAAAGUUCGCGACCCGAUGCCUGCUGUAUAUUUCUUUCUUAUUGAUGUCUCCAUGAAUGCUAUACAAACAGGUUCAACUGCUGCAGCUUGCAGUGCGAUUUCCCAGGCUAUUUCAGAUCUGCCGGAAGGUCCUCGAACAAUGGUUGGAAUUGCCACAUUUGAUUCCGCUAUUCACUUUUACAGCCUUAAGCGUGCUCAGCAGCAGCCUUUGAUGCUCAUUGUUCCUGAUGUGCAAGAUGUAUAUACACCUCUACAAAAGGAUUUGAUUCUUCCAGUUUCUGAGUGCCGUGAGAAUCUGGAGCAGCUGCUGGAAAGCAUCCCUAGCAUGUUUGAGAAUAACAGAGUUGCUGAUUCUGCUUUUGGAGCAGCUAUGAAGGCUGGCUUCCUGGCUAUGAAAUCAACUGGUGGAAAGCUACUUGUUUUUCAAUCAGUGCUUCCAUCACUUGGUGUUGGUUCUUUAUCUGCUAGGGAAGCUGAAGGUAGAGCAAAUGUUUCCACUGGUGACAAGGAACCCCACAAGCUUUUGCAGCCAGUUGACAAAACUCUCAAGACGAUGGCACUAGAAUUUGCUGAAUAUCAGGUCUGCGUGGAUGUGUUCCUUACUACACAAUCAUAUGUUGAUAUUGCUUCGAUAUCUGUUGUUCCCAAUACUACAGGAGGCCGGGUUUACUACUACUAUCCGUUUUCCGCUCGUUCGGAUCCGGCCAAGCUAUUCAACGACCUUAGAUGGAAUAUCAGUAGACCUCAGGGUUUCGAGGCUGUUAUGCGUGUCAGAUGCAGCCAGGGGCUCCAAGUUCAGGACUAUUUUGGCAAUUUCUGCAAGCGUGUUCCUACUGACAUUGAUCUUCCAUCGAUUGAUUCUGACAAAACUAUAAUGGUCACCUUUAAGCACGAUGACAAGUUACAGGAAAAUUCAGAAUGUGGUUUCCAGUGCGCUCUUCUCUACACUACUGUAUAUGGACAAAGAAGGAUUCGAGUUAUGAACCUCUCACUCCCAUGCACAAACAUGCUCAGUAAUCUCUUCCGAUAUGCUGAUUUGGAAACACAGUUUACAUGCUUCCUGAAACAAGCUGCUAAUGGCAUUCCAACAUCUACGCUACUCCAUCUUCGGGAGGAAGUAACAAAUACAUGUAUAAAUAUUCUCCAGUCCUACCGUAAAUAUUGUGCAUCUGUAAGCUCAUCUGGGCAGUUGAUCCUUCCAGAGGCACUCAAACUCCUGCCCUUGUACACUUUAGCGCUUAUCAAAAGCAUAGGCUUGCGAAAUGAGGGGCGGUUGGAUGAUCGUUCAUAUUGGAUAUCCCUCGUCUCCUCAGUUUCUGUUCUAUUAGCUGUUCCAUUGGUGUUCCCUAGAUUGAUUCCGAUUCAUGAUCUCACAUCAAGGGGAGACGAUGAAUCACUUAUUCCUAGUCCCCUUAUGCUCAAUAGUGAAAAUAUACGUGAAGAUGGAGUCUAUUUAUUGGAAAAUGGUGAGGAUGGUCUAAUUUAUGUAGGAAAUGUGGUAGAGCCGACCAUCCUCGAACAAAUAUUUGGUGUGUCUUCUUUGGCUGCAUUACCAAGUCAGGCUGUGUUGGAGCAAUUUGACAAUGAACUGUCACGGAAGGUAAAUGAAGUAAUUAAUGAAAUAAGACGCCAGAGAUGUUCUUAUUUAAGGUUGCGUCUAUGCAGAAGGGGUGAACCAUCUGGUGAUUUCUUCCGCUCAUUUUUGACAGAGGACAAGGCACCUGGUGGCCUUUCCUAUGUGGAGUUCCUUGUGCAUGUGCACAGGCAAAUCCAGAGCAAGAUGACGUGACAUGCCAUAUGCUUGUCGCACUGUUUUUGGUUAGUGGAUGGAUUACAAACUAAGAAGAGAUCAGUUUCGGCACAAGGAUACUGCGAAGAAGCAUAGGGCAACUCCAGAUCACUGGUUGAGUUGGGGUUAGACAUCAUUUUCCUGGAGAAUAGAUUUGCAGGAAUUGAGGCCUGCAAUGUUUACAGCAUAGUUUUUUUGGGGGAGAGGGUGGUAUAUCUUGUAAACAGAUGAGUUGUUGGAUGUGAUGCCUCUUUUUUUUGUUUCUCACCGUGCAUCCUUAUUGAAAUCUCUUGUGAAGGGAGAAGGGUGUAUUAUGUUCAAAGGAAUAUAAGUGGUUUAGGAAUAAAACUAUACCUAGCUAAUAGUUGAGUGAAGUAUACAGUUCUCAAGUUUAUGUACGAAAAACGUCAAGAUUGUCUAAUGGUUGUUUGCUCUGCAACAAUUAAGUUGUACAUUUCUCACUUGUUCCUUGGCUUA